AUGUCAACUUCCUAUCAAGAUUCUAUGCAAACUCCUGACCGGGAUGGUCUGCAGGAGAGCACAAGCGGAUGUGCUGAGCCAGAAUCCAGGAACCGAAUUGUCGAGAAACGAGAAUCAACAUGGUCCGGAAAAGGCGUAGAAGACGGAAUCGAAGAUGAUGGCAACGACGGUAAAAUGCUCCCCUGGCCCUGGGCCAAAGUUCUUCGUUGGGUGGGUGAGCUGUCGAGCUGCAUAUCCAGCUUGGACGUGCAAAUCAUGGUCAAGGCGGCGGGAUGGUCGGCGGAAGGGUACCACGGUUCCAAACCCCAAACUGUCUGGCACUCAGGCGCCUCCUGGCCGAUGCCUCUCUCGACUUCUAUCCUCCUAGUGAAACCCUUGUCAAGCCACCGCAAACCAGGGAUCGAGGGCUGUAAUUUGGAUGUGGCGUCUUUGGACCAAAGGGAGCUCGUGUUUGCUGACCCCAUGAAGACUAGCAGGGUAGUUGCGAUAAAAGAGUCGGGAUUACGACUCGAGGAAAUUACUGUAGGGCUAGUUGGCCUUGCUUUCAACGAAGUGCUUAAGCCGCAGAAGGGUGUCAUUCUGCAACCCUCGGAUGGAUGGAAUCAAAACAGAGACGAAGGCGACGGCGGCGUGAUGUCGUCUGGAGUGUGGUCUCCUAUGGGUUUGAGAUGGGACGAGCGAGACUUUCCAGCGCCGCGCCGUCUGCGAAAUUCGUGGUUCCGACUGCUCGGUGCCAAGCCACACGCCAGAGACAGAUCUGUGGAAGAUGGCUGUUGGAAUGGGUUGUUGAACUGGACGAUACCACGCGGUGAUGAGAGACCUAGGAAGUCAGGACCCAAAGAGAAGGAGGCCACUGGGCGGGAGGUUUCUGGUGGUGACAACGAAGGCAGGAAGGGUGGCAUUGAAGAUGGGGAAUUUACCCAUAUUUACCCCAACACUGCACCACUCAUUCCCCAGGACCAAGAUCCGAGGUCUUGGUGCCGGCAGUCCAUUGCCUCUGAAGGGGGUCAAAUUGUGUUUCAUCGAUCGCAGCGCUCCAAGACUGCUACCUUGGACGGACUUGAGGGCGUGUUCCCGGCUAAUCAUAGCCUUGAGAGUGGCUCUUCUCCCCAAAAUGCCCAGAGGUUUCUCGACCAGGCCUCUCGUAUUGGCUUCUCGUGGGAAGGUACUAUGCGGUCGAACUCUAACAUAUUGUUGGUAUACAACCCUCCGCCCCAGGGCGACGGAUCUAUGGAUCUGGAUGACUCGACAAAGUAA